AUGGCCGACAGCUCCAGAAUGGUGAAGGAUGGUGUGGCGCCCGUCAUUGUCGCGGCGAAAAACGGCCACCAUCCGCAGCUGAACGGUGGCGGACUCAAGGACGGGCGGAAGGUGUCCGCACCGUUGCUGGAAUCGGACGCAGGUGGCCACGGCACGCUCGAACCGCCGGACGGUGGCACCCGCGCUUGGCUGGUGAUGGUCGGUGCGUUCCUCUGCAACGGCGUACUGUUCGGGGUGAUCAACACCUACAGCGUCGUCUAUCUGAGUUUACGGAAGCAGCUCCAGGAGGACGGUGACGACGAAGCGUCCAGCAAGGCAGCGCUGGUUGGUUCGCUGACGAUCGGAACGACGUUCCUGCUCUCACCGGUAUCCGGUAUUCUGACGGACAAGAUCGGCCUGCGGCGGACAACCUUCAUCGGUGGUCUGCUUACGUGCGGUGGCAUGUUCCUGUCCUCGUUCGUCACGCAUAGCGUCAGUGCACUCUACUUUACGUACGGCAUCAUGUUUGGACUUGGUGCGGCCCUUGCCUACACACCCUCGCUCGCCAUCCUAGGCCACUACUUCAAGCGGUACCUCGGCCUUGUGAAUGGUAUCGUGACGGCCGGUUCGAGCGUCUUCACCGCCAUCAUGCCCAUCUGUCUGGAAUGGCUGAUAGAGCACACGGGGCUGGCGACGUCGUUCCGCAUUCUGGCAAUCAUCUCGAGCUUUGUGAUCUUCUGCGCGCUGCUGUACAAGCCCCUGCAGCCGCCACCGCCGCCACCGAAGGUGAAACCGGGCCGCUCGGCAUUUAGCACCUUCCUGCGGUCGUUCAUCAACUUCGACAACUGGAAGAAACGCCGCUACAUCAUCUGGGCCGUCUCGAUACCGAUCGCCCUGUUCGGGUACUUCGUGCCGUACGUCCACAUGGGCAAGUUCGUGGAGGACAACUUCCCCAAAGACAACAAGAACCUGCCGGUGAUGUGCAUCGGCAUUACGUCCGGACUCGGGCGGUUGCUGUUCGGCUUCAUCGCCGACAAGCCGGGCGUCAACCGGGUGCUCCUCCAGCAGAUGUCGUUCGUGCUGAUCGGUGUGCUCACCAUGUGUCUACCUGCCACCGGUUCCUUCUGGCUGCUGCUAGCCAUCGCUCUCGCCAUGGGCCUGUUCGAUGGGUGCUUCAUCUCACUGCUCGGACCGAUCGCGUACGACAUCUGUGGGCCGCGUGGAGCGACCCAGGCUAUUGGAUUCCUGCUGGGCAUGUGCUCACUACCGCUUACCAUUGGUCCCCCGGUGGCCGGUAUGCUGUAUGAUAAGACCGGCUCGUACCUGCUACCGUUCAUUCUGGCCGGUAUUCCACCGUUGUUCGGUGCCAGCACGAUGUUCCUUAUUCGGUGCGUGAAGGACGAGGAGCCCAAGAAACCGCACCUGGCCGAACCUAAGCUGGAACCGCUGGCGCACCCGGCCUGGGAUUGUGAGAACGGAACCGAUGGCAAGCCGCAGAACGGAGCGCUGCACCACGACCGCCGGGCCACGCUGGCCAGUUCAGAAUCACUUACAGCGGAUAAGCAUGAAACGGGUUAAAAAGAGGAGGUUGCAUUCGUAAAAGUGUGCACCAAGGAUAAAGAAAAAGCCAAGAGAUCCCAAAAACCAAAAUAAUAACGAAGGUAUAAUACGUACACAUGAAAAUAAGCCCAAAUCCAAUCCAAUCCUUCGGCUACUGGAAGAAAAGCGCGAUUGAAGGAACGAUGUCUUGCCGGUACACACUCCUAGAUAGGAUCGCGGAUACUGUGUUUCGCAUGUUCGUUGUGUAGAUAGGUAGCAGUAGGUAGAUAGAAGCAAGAAGCAGAUGGCUCCAGACCAGGCUGUUCAGCACAUUCGGCUAGGGGAGAUGCUUGUGGGAUGAGGAACAAACCGUGCACGGAAUAAGGUGGAUAAGUUGGCAAGCAGGCAGGGACAACAACGUACGCGAUACGAUUACGACGAUUCCAAAAAGGUUUAUUCACAAGCAGCAUUUCUAAAAGAAUACACUGUCCAGGUACAGGGCCGUAUGCUUUUGUACAAUAUUUAUGUUUUAGUAAAUAGGAUGUUAUUCUUAAGCGUGCGAAACGCGUCAGAGAUUGUUGUUGUUUUUAUUUUAGUACCAAGAUGGAACGAAAAAAUGGAAACUAGUAGAAAACGGAUGAGCGCAAAGCGUAGGAAAUAAAAAUCGAAUCUUAAAACCAUA